AAAUAAUCUGUAACACUAUAAUAUGAUUGUAUCAAUCACGGACGGCAUUAACCAAAUACUUAUCAACUAUCUGUAACUUUUCCGAACGUACCCCCCGGCCAACCAAUUUUUAUCCUUUGGCAAAAGUACAUUUCACUGGAACGCACUUUUAGCAAGAAUGGAGGUUCCAAUACCCGUGCAAACACGAGGAACGUCUGGCUAUACUGCCGUCAUGGUCGCCGGAGGUUUAGGAGGAGGCCUCGGCGAUUUAUUAAUGCAUUCUUUGGAUACAGUCAAGACCCGGCAGCAGGGUGCGUUAAAUGCACAAAAAUAUAAAGGUUUUCUACAUGCUUAUCGUACAAUUUUUGUGGAAGAAGGUCUAACUCGUGGUUUGUAUGGAGGAAUAUUGCCUGCAAUGAUGGGAAGCCUUCCUGCUACUGCGAUCUUUUUCGGUUCAUAUGAAUUUAGCAAGCAACGGUUAUUGUCAUUAGGCGGGCUCCCAGAAUCACUGUCCUAUAUACUAUCGGGCUUCAUUGCUGAUGUUGCUGCCUCUUUUGUCUACGUUCCUUCUGAAGUUCUUAAAACGAGAUUGCAGCUCCAGGGGCGGUACAACAAUCCAUACUUUAAAUCAAAUUACAAUUAUCGCUCUCUUGUGGAUGCUAUAAAACAGAUCACUAAAACUGAAGGCCCGAGAACUUUUUUCUACGGUUAUCGGGCGACUUUGCUUCGAGAUAUCCCAUUUUCCGGAAUUCAAUUUUUGUUCUACGAAAAAGUUCGCAGCCUUUUUCAAUCCUAUUAUGGGCGUGAAGAUAUUGGUCUUUUCGGAGAGCUAAUUACGGGCUCUAUUGCCGGCGGCGGUGCUGGGUUUCUCACCACGCCUUUGGACGUAGCCAAAACAAGGCUACAAACGGGUGUGCGACCCAAGAAAAAUGUUGUAAUAGAUGCUAAGCUAAGUAGCUUGAGCAGUCCUAUGUCUACAGCCUCUACAACGGCGAUUCCCAAAACUCAAUCCGUUCGAGCUUCUGUGACGAUUACCUCCGUCUUAGCAGACUUGUACAAAACCGAAGGAUUAAGAGGAAUUUUUCGAGGAGUGUGUCCUCGUAUCACCUGGACUUCAGCUCAAAGCUCCUUAAUGUUUGUUUUUUAUGAAUCGAUACUACAGAUUUUUCGACGUUCCAAGAAUAUUGAAUGAAUAAUCAAUCACAUACAUAUGUUCAUCACAUCUACGUUUUCAUGCUUAUCUACCUUCCGGAUUGGAAGACUACAAAACUGGUUACUCAAAACUAACAGAUUAAAGUUUCUCCCAAAAAACGACGCUUUCAAAACAAUCCACAGUCGAAACAUGUCUAUAAAACUC